AUGACUUCGCAACAGCUUGCUACCGAAUUCCUCAGUUCGAUCACGAACCGCCGCACGAUCUACCAUCUGUCGAAGAAGCAGAUCCUUCCUGAUCCGCAGCUCAUCCAACUCAUCCAGCAGGCUGUGCGUGAGGCUCCUUCCUCGUUCAACGUGCAGAGCAGCCGCGUGGUGGUCCUGCUUGGCAAACAGCACGACAACUACUGGGGUCACAUUGUUCCCGAGGCGCUGCGUGUGACCAAGGGCGACAAAGCCGUCGAGGCCUCCAAGGGAAAGCUCGCGGGCUUUGCGGCGGGCACUGGCACUAUCCUCUUUUUCGAGGACGAAAACCUGAUCAAGGGCCAGCAAGAGGCGUUCCCUGCGUAUGCCACCGGCUUCCCUGUGUGGUCGAGCCAUGCGUCGGGCAUGGCGCAGAUCUAUACCUGGUCGCUCCUCGAGGCUGAGGGCUAUGGUGCGAACCUGCAGCACUACGGCAACCUCACCGGCGAGACGCUGAAGAAGGUGUACAGCCUGCCCGAGUCGUACCAGCUCCAGAGUGAGAUGGUGUUUGGCUACCCCGAGACGCCCGCGGGCGAAAAGGCGUACAUGGACGAUGACGAGCGCGUGCAGGUGUUCAAGUAG